AUGGUAAGUGAAGAGAAGGUCCAGAAGAAAGGUACUGGUGAAAUUAAAGUCCUUGAAAGCAACAGUAGUAUUUUCUCAGACUCUAGUGAACAAGUACAAGAAGUUUUCAAGACCGAUGUGCCUGAGGAUCAAGUUUUAGCCGAAGUCGAAGAAAUAAUCGUGGAGAAUGGACUUGAAGAAUAUGAAGAAUUGUUGACUAGAGGAGCUCUUUUAGCCAACAAACCUGGAUUAUUGCAAAACGAAGGUUAUACUGAUGCGGAAAGAAGAGCAAUCUCUAGAGAGACAACUCAUCCAAUUCUUUCUCUGUCACGAGUCAUGAUAAUGGCGGCUAUUUGUACUUCCUGCGCAGCAUUGAAUUUCGGUAUGGACGAAAGUGCUAUUGGGGGAGCUGUUAUGGGAUUUACUCAACAAUUUAAGAUUACAAACAUCAAUAUUCAAGGUUUAACAGUGGCUUCACCUUAUUUAACUGCUGCUAUCUUUGGUUCUCCCUUAGCAGUUCUUUUCAACAAAUAUUUUGGUAGAAAAUGGGUCGUAUUUGUAAGUUGCUUAUUCGGAGUUGCUGGAUCUUUGAUUCAAGCAUUUGCCAACCAUCUUGGUGUCCUUCUAUUUGCUCGCUUACUAUUGGGAGUUGGCAUGGGCCUUAAUUCUGCCGUUGUUCCAAUCUAUACUGCUGAAUGUUCACCCGCUGUUUCAAGAGGAGCUAUUCUGAUGUUAUGGCAAAUGUUUAUUGCGUUGGGUGUUUGUUUGGGAUCUGUAUUCAAUAGAGCUUUCAUAAAAAUUCCGGGUUCUGCAUCUUGGAGAUUGAUGAUUGGUUCUUCUGUAGUUCCACCAUUGGUCACCGGUAUUCUCAUAUAUUUUCCACCAGAAUCACCUCGUUGGCUAUUAAUUCACGAUAAACCUCGAGAAUCGCUAUUAGCUCUGCUGAAAUUAAGAUCCACUCCAGUAUCUGGCGCCAAGGAUUUCUACGUUCUUUACGAAUCGCUAAAGUAUGAACGCAAGUUAGACACUCGUCUCUCAGCAUGGCAACAGUUUCUCUCAAUCUUUACGGAUAAAAGAAAUAGAUUUGCACUUAUUGUUUCAUUCAUUGGCGUCUUAGGUCAACAAUAUGGUGGUGUUAAUAUUCUCGUUUCAUAUACAGCUACCAUUUUGACAAAAUCUGGUGUAAAUCCACUCGAUUCCAUUGCUGGUUCUAUUGGUAUCGGGGGUGGAUGUUUCCUGUCCACUUUUCUAAGUGCUCAAUUGAUUGAUAGAUUUGGAAGAAGAACUAUGCUUUUAGUUACUCUACCGGUGGAAGGCGCAUGUUUAUUCUGGUUAGGCGGUGCCCUAAACAUAUCUGAAAAUAAUGCUCGCCUAGCUGUCGCAUUGACCGCAAUGUACGUUUAUGUUUUGUUUUAUGGGACCGGUAUUGGACCCAUUAGUUUUACACUCGUCGCAGAGACGCCUUCCAUCUCAGUGAGAGAAGCUCAUAGUGCAUUUUGUAUGGCUCUCAAUUGGAUACUGGAUUUUGUUGUGAGUAUGUCAUGGCCAAAGAUGGAUUCUACCAUGUCAGAUUCUGGUGGAUUCUACUUCUACGCUGCUUUCAAUCUAUUAUUGUGGGUAGCCACUUUCUUUUGUAUCCCAGAGACUAAAAGAUACACAUUAGAGCAACUAGAUGAAGUCUUCAAAUUAGGAGUUGGCCAAUUUUUUAGGAAAAAAAUUACUUGUUUGCCUCGUAGUUUGAAGCAUUGGAGAGAGUAG